GUUGCUAGCCUUCUAAAACUGUUGUGCUUACUUUUAACAACCUUUGUUUGAUACAGGACAAAGGUUGAUUCUGAAUGCUUCGUUUUUGUUUAAUUAUUCAUUGGUUUCAUAUCUAAAAGAGAGAAAAGGGAUUAAUUCAGAGUCUUUAGAUACGGAGUUGAUUUUCUGCUGAACUCAGGAAACAAUUUGAACGUUUUAAUAAUUCAUCUAGAUAAUCAUAUCUGGCAUUAUCUAGAUCAAAAUUUUCCAGUAGAAGGAAUAUAUGAGCAAGAAAGCAAACAGUGGAAGUAUAAACACUCCCUCCCUGUUUGCUCUCUGGUUUUCUGUUGGAUCAGGAAAAUAAGAAUGGGUCAGCUGUGUACCAAGUGUGUCCAGUUGCUUUAUGACUUUGCUCUCUCAGUAAAAACACUGUUGUCUGGUCUAUUGUUCGACAUUAGGAAAUGUUUGGCUCAGAUCGCUGACUGCCCUUGUCUAAAGCGAAAAAAUGUUGAAAUGAGGCAGCUCUACAAACCUGUUCUUUGUCCCCAUGAAGAGGAAACGGCCCAAGAGUUUCUGCAACACAUUGAAAGAGGCUUUGAAAUGUCAUUACUUGGCAAGAUCUCCUUAGAGGCCCUGAAGACCUUGGCGUUUUCGGAUAACCCCAGCUUGCAAAUGCUUGCUGCUCUCUACUAUCUACACAUAAGUCAAGACUUAAACAUCCAACUGUCCCUAGAGCAUUUGGAAACAUAUUAUGCUUUGCUGAAGUCUAAUGAUUUGGAGGUUCAGCAGAUUUCAUCUUUAUCCCUGCUCAGUUUUUUAUUAGAAGGAAAUGUAACCAAGGAGCAUGUCAUAGAAAUGGAUUUACUUGAGCCAAUCCUAGAGCUGCUCGAAUCAGAUGACAUCACUGCCCAGGGUCAUUCCUGUGCCUGCUUAAUGAUGCUGGCUGACUCAGAGGCCUGUCGGAAUGCAAUUGCAGCAGCCGGAGGAACUAUACCAUUACUUUCCCUUUCUAAAUCUCAUGACAUCAGGGUUCAACAAAAUGCGGUUCGAGCUGUUUUCAACCUCACACAAUCAGAAUGGAUCCAAAAGGUUUUGGUUCGCCAAAGCGCUCUCCCGGUUCUCACCCUUUUGUUAGAGUCUCCUGACACAGAAGUACAGUACUAUAGCUGUGCUGCUCUCAGCAAUGUGGCUACAAAUUCACAGCACCACAAAGCCAUGCUUCAUGAUGGUGACAGGUUUCUUCUACAGACUCUCCUUUCUCUCUUGUCUUCAAGUGUGGACAAGAUUUCAAACCAGGCUUGUAUUUGUCUCAGGAAUUUAGCCACAAGUGAGAGUGUUCAGACCAGUCUUGUUGCUAUGCAUAUCCAGUCCCACCUUCUUCCUCUCUUGACAUUUAGCAAUAAAGAGAUUCAGCAGAAUUCAGUAAUUCUCCUCCAGAUAUUAUCCCAGCACCCAGGCAACCAGGAUGGCCUGAUGUCUGAUGAGAUGCUGCAAACUCUGGGGGAACUGUUGCUUACCUGGAAAACAGACCCAGUAAUUGUUGGUCAUAUUGCUUGCCUCAUCAAAAAUCUCAGCCUUUCUAAAAACAUACAGAAGAUCCUAGAAAGUCCAUGCAUCAAAGGCCUUCUUCAAGCUAUCCAUAGUGUCCACUUACUAGAAGAGGACCCUCUUUUCUGUGUGAUAUCUUGUCUUGCUGAGCUGGUGAAGCAUGAAGGAGCCACAGUGCAUAUCCUAGCACUUAUGGAUGAGCCAUUGAUAAAUCAUCUAGUGAAACUGGCUGACCAGGUGGAACAACCCGAGCUUUCAUUCCAAGCUGCCUUUAUGAUCAAAAACAUCAUACGGCAUGAAGAGGUAGUGUCUCUGUUAAAAGCUCACACGAACCAAGUUCAGCAAUAUCUGAUGAAGUAUCUUAUCCACCAAGAGAUUCGUUUUCAGCAUUUGGGCAUAACCACUCUCUGCGCAUUACAGAAAGAUCCAGAGUUUUUGGCAGUAUUCAGUAACAGCGAGCUGAAGAAGCACCUUGAUGAAAUCUGUCAACAAACUGAAAUUAUGCAAAAGCUUCUCAGUAUUGCUAUUGGACAUAUGGAGGCAUGAGACGCACUUCCAUCCUGCGUAUCAUUAGUCAGCAUGGAGAUCAUUGGCCCCUGAAUAGGCAACUGUGCUAAGAUAUUGGUAUCUCAGGUUUAAUGGAACAGCCUUGGGAAAUCCACAACAGCUACAUACAUAAAAUUGAUGUCCAUUAUUUGGGUAGAAAUUAAAGGAUGCAGUCAGUCAGGAACAUUUCACCCAUCGUGAGGCAUAUAAACAGAAUCCAUUGAAAAUGAUUGUGAUUAUAUCAAAGGUCUGCCACUGUUUUAUUUAGGAUGGCUGAUUCACAUAUAACUGUUCAUUAUUUUGAUGCAUGCAUGGACCAGUCUUAAAGAUAGUUCUACCAUACAGAUGCAAGACAGAUGGACCAAUCUGAAGAUAGUUCUGUUGUACAGAUGGUGCAAUUUUGCACCAUCCUCGCUGAGACAUUUGUGAUAUGCAGAUCUCUACAGAUGCAGAUAAUCAGUCUUGUCCUAGAAUAAACUUUGGCACUAUUCCGCUUAUUUUAAUAAAUUGAAAUUUGAUUAACAGCUUUGAAAUGGAAAAAUCUCUGCUAGCAAAUAAUUAAUAUGUGCCGAUUUCCAAGAGAAAUUUGUAAAGUUUUUAUUAAAAUGGGCAUUUCUAGAAAAAAAUAUUUAUGUAAAAUGUUUGUGUUGUUGUAACUGAUUAUGAUAUAAUGCUACUUGCUAUAUGUUUGUAUGUAGGCAUGAAUGAUUAAUCACAUCCCAUCAGUUGAUAUGGCUUCAGGGAAGGGACCUGGAGCAUUCCCAUUGCAUUAGAGCAUGUGGAACAGUCAGAAAUAAUUGGAGACAUGUUGCUCCAUAAAUGACAAGUGUUGGAUCCAAAGUUCCUACGUAUCUGUGCAUAUCUGUGUAAAAUACUUUGUAAGUAGAAAGACCUCCUGGAUGAUAAGGGUCUGUCCACCAAAGAAGACAUACAGUACCUUACUGCACAAAGAAACAUAUUCUGAGCCUAUCUCUAUGCAUACAGUAUGUGAAGUGCAUAUGCUCAGAAACUCUUUAUUUUGUACACAUGCCUGAAUUAAACUGAUUAUCAUUUCCUACUGAAAAAAUAGACAGCUGAAUAACUGCCUUACAUACAAGACUACUGUUUUCUUUGUGCUGCUAAUACCAAAAGUCUGAAAGCCA